AUGAGGGGAGAGAGAAGCAGAAAGAACGGAGGGAGGGAGCAAGGAAAGGAGCGAGGGAGGGAGGGAGAGAGAGAGAGGAGGAAGGAAGGGAGGGAGAGAGAGAGGGAGGGAGGGGAGAGCUUGGCUCCUCGCUCUCUCUCUCCCUCUCUCGCCCGCUCUGUGCCGUUGCCGUACCGCCUCCGCUCCCCGCGCCGCGAUCCGCUCCGACUGACAGGCGGCGGGAGGUGCAGCGGGGGAGGGGGUGAGGGAGGGGCUUUCCGGGACCGGGGGGGGGGGCGGAAAGAGGGGGGCGUUUGUCCGUCAGACUUGACGGGCAGUGGCUGCUACCAGAGACAAGUCCGUAUGCAAAUCGCCUCCUGUCUGUGGGGCACGGGGCAUGAGGCGGGAGGCUUCAAUUGUCCCGGCUCUGCCAAGGGCUUCUGCCGGCGGGUAGAGCCUCAACUUUCCGGAAAGAGGCGCAGAGGAGAACGGGCGAUGGAACUCCGUGACAGGCAGGCAGCCGACACGAGUCCUCCCGCCCCGCACACGGAGCCCACCGGGGUGUCGCCCAGAGGCGAGCGCGGGGGCGAGGGCGGCGGCUGGAGAAGUUGGAGCCGGAGCGGCGGCCUGCGCGGGCGCCGCCGGUGCCUCCUGGGACGAGCGCAGCUGAGCGCGGUUCUGCGGCCGCCGGCACCCGCCUGCCGUAGCCUGCGGGUCACGGGCAGCGCUGGCCCUGCGGUCAUCGCUCGCUCUCAUUCAGAAGUCACAAAAGGAUCAAUGGCAGGGGCAAACAGUGAUGACCAGAGAUAGCCAGGAGAUAAGCCAGCUGACUGCCGAGACUUCGAUUACUUUAGCACUUCUAAAUAGUGAUAGCGGAAAAAUUUUGUGUCUUGCACAGGAAAAAAAAACCCUCACAUCUGACGCUUCUGUUACUGGUAGCAAUUAGAUGUUGUGACACAGCAUUAACAAUGCUCACAUUUACGGUCUGGUUCUUUAGGACAGGAUUUCUCUUGAACAUUCUGUUUUAAUGACUUGAAUAAUCUCAUUUGCAUAAAUAAUUGUAAAUGACCCGCUAGGAACAGACCGUGCUUUCUGCAUCUCACUGCAUUGCUUAGCGUUGCACACCCCUUAACCAAAUUCUCAGUGGUGUCAAAUGACAUGAAAAUACACUGAGUUAAAAAAAGCCACCCACCACACAUAUGAAAAUGAAUCAGCUUGAUUUUACUGAUGCCAAGGACACUUGGCCUUCUAAGCUCUUUUAUUACCAUGCUUCUAGAAAUUUCAGCCCUGACACAGUCAUGUACAACAGUGUUAAGUGUGUCUGCAGCUUCUUUAACUCGCAUCUUUCUUUGACUCUUUCUUCUCUAGUCCAAAUACUCUCAUCAGAAAGAUUUCAGCCUGACCUCUCAAAACUUUCAGUGAUUAUUUCUUCAGCCAGGAUUGCAGAAGUCAUCAUAAAAAGGGCAGCAGUUUGAGUAUGGCAAUACACUAACAUUUUCUAUCAGGCUGCAUUAGAACAUAAUGUUUGGGAAUGAUAAAUUAAGUUGAAAAGCACUGGUUUUGUUGGUAAAGGAGAGGGCGUGAUGUAAACUGUGAACUGUAUUAAACACUUGUUCAGAUACUCCAGAGAAUCUGAGUAAAUAAUAAAUGGGUGUUUUUUUGUUUAGCUGGAGUGAUUGUGAUGUGCCCAGUUUAUAGUUAAAUACCAUUUCUUGACGUGCAGGCUUAUUCCAACCUGGUUGAUUCUGUGAUUCUAUGAUUCUUUGGUUAAGUGCCAGCAUAACAGUGGUAGUGUUUUCAAGGAGAUACUUUAUGGCAACAGGCAAACAUGGUAAGAGCCUACCAAAUGAAAUGCUUUGCUACAGUUUUGUUGCAGUAUGAGGCUCAAACGGAGGCUUGAGUGGAUAGCCAUCUUUCAGAUUAAAGUUAAUAUUUGGUCUUUACCUAUUCUCACCACUUUCUUAAAUCUCAGCCCAGUUCUCUAAUCAGGAUUAGCAAUGUCUUUUCAUUUUGAUGGGUCGACCAUUCUUUUCACUUCAGCUUUUUUUUCAUUGCCAGUCUCCCACGCGGUGUUUUCAGCCUUAACAGGUGAUUUGGCAAACACCAGCUUUAAAUCUAC